AGAGAGGGAGAGAGAGAUGCUGUCGGUGUUGUGUCCGGUGUGACUUAUCUAUCCUACUCUGAUGCUGUCGGUAACGGACUGGCUGCGCACAAACCUGCACACACACUUCUCUAUCUUUGACACACACACAUACACACACACACUCACUUACACACAUACACCAGGAGGACCGGACUGGCGCACUGGAAAGAGAGGAGGGAAGAGAGGGAAAGGGACAUAUGUCAGAUCAGAUCGUGCAGAGGAAUGCACCGGAUUCCGCUGCACACUCGUCCGGCCUGUCCCGCACUAAGGGCUGCGCUGCGUUAACGGGACACGACACCGGGCCGAGCAAGGGGCGGGAGGACCGAACCGGGAUAGUGUGAGAAAUAAGUCACCUGGCGGCGGAGGGAGGGGAGGAAGGGAGGAGUGCUGGAGGGGAGCUGUGCCCUGCUGACAGAGCUUUGUUUUGGGUUAACAACACCUCUUGCGCGCAACGGAGACUCUGCGCAAAGUUUCCCCGAUGGCGCUGGUGAUGGAGCCGGUUAGCAAAUGGAGCACGAGCCAGGUGGUGGACUGGAUGAAAGGUCUGGACGACUGCUUGCAGCAGUAUGUGUGUGUGUUUGAGCGCGGAGGUGUGUGUGGGGAGAGGCUGCUGAGGAUUAGCCACGCCGAGCUAGAGGACCUGGGAGUUUCUCGCAUUGGACACCAGGAGCUCAUUCUGGAGGCUGUCGACUUGCUCUGUGCUUUGAACUCUGGUCUGGAGACGGAGAGCGUCAGGACUCUGGCUCACAAACUUGGCGCCUCGGCCAAAAACCUGCAGAACUUCAUUUCCGGCCGCCGCCGCAGUAGCCAAUCAGAGAGCAGGUCCUCGCGGCGUCUCCCCAAUGAUCUGCUGACCUCCGUUGUCGACCUCAUCACCGCUGCCAAGAGCCUGCUGGCAUGGCUGGACAGGUCUCCCUUUGCUACAGUGGCAGACUACUCAGUAACCCGAAAUAAUGUCAUUCAGCUCUGCCUGGAGCUCACCACCAUUGUACAGCAGGACUGUACGGUGUUUGAGACGGAGAACAAAAUCCUUCAUGUGUGCAAGACUCUGUCGGAGGUGUGUGAGCACAUCGUGUGUGUGUCAUCCGACCCGCUGGUUUCUCAGUCAGCCCACCUCGAGCUGGUUCACCUUACCAACAUCAAAUCCUCAGAAGGCCUGGGAAUGUACAUCAAGUCAACCUACGACGGCCUCCACGUAAUCACAGGAACUACUGAAGGGUCUCCAGCUGACCGCUGUAAGAAGAUCCAUGCCGGAGAUGAAGUCAUUCAAGUCAAUCAUCAGACUGUGGUGGGCUGGCAGUUACGUAACCUGGUCGGCUCGCUGAGGGCAGAUAAAGGCGUCGUGUCCCUGACCCUGAAGAAGCGUCCACAGAGCACGCUCAGCUCGGCCCCAGCUUUGCUGAAGAACAUGCGCUGGAAACCCCUAGCUCUGCAGCCAACCAGAAGCCCGGGCAGCAGUUCGGCCACACCCUCAGGCACACCCACCAAGAGCUCCGCCAUCCAGGACCUUUACAUCCCCCCUCCCCCUGCUGAGCCAUACAUGCCCAGAGAUGAGACAGGAGCCUUGCCUGGAGAUGAGGCAUCUCGUAACCACGUCGGCGUCAGCGUUGCUAAGCGCUCUGAGUCACCAAACUCCUUCCUGGAUCAAGAGUCUCGCCGGCGAGAAGAGGAGGAGCCCGUGUACUGCACCACGCCUACAUAUGGAAGGCUGAGGCCCGUCUCCAUGCCUGGGGAGUGUAACUGGGUGGGCGACUAUGAAGAUCCAGCCAAGCUUAACAGAGAAAGCCGCAGAGAAGCGUCACUGAUGCGUUACGUGGGACUGUCCGGCGUGGACGAGAGGACCGGCUCCGAUGACUACUCCUCCCACACUGCUCGCCCGGGCAAACGGACCAAUGACACGGCAAAACGUGCCAAAAGACGGAGCCACCACAGCCAAAGCCCCUCCCACUACGUCCUCCAGACAAAUCAAAGAAAUUCUCCACCAAGAGACCCGGCCUCCAUUUAUCACACAUACCAACAGUCCUCUUCUCUGCAGUCAAAAAACAGGAAGAAGAAUAAAGGACGAAGUUUGGCCUCCCUGAGUCGGAGGCGUGUUUCCUGCAAGGCGCUGGGCAGAGGAGACUGCGAGGGCUGGCUCUGGAGAAAGAGAGAUGCAAAGGGUUACUUUUCACAGAAAUGGAAGAAAUACUGGUUUGUUCUGAAGGACAACUGCCUGUACUGGUACAUCAAUGAGGAGGAUGAGAAGGCUGAGGGUUUCGUCAGUCUUCCAGAGUUUAAGAUUGACCGGGCCAGUGAAUGUCGCAAGAAGUAUGCUUUCAAAGCAUGCCACCCCAAGGUCAAGAGUUUCUACUUUGCAGCAGAUGGAGUGGACGACAUGAACAGAUGGCUGAGUCGUCUCAACAUGGCCGCUGUGGGCUACGCCGAGCGAGAGAGGAUACGCCAGGAGCAGGAUUACUGGAGUGAGAGUGAACAUGAGGAGGACACCACCUCCAGCCCCAAACAGGACAGUCCCCCACCUCCAUAUGACACAUACCCACGGCCUCCAUCAAUGAGUGCCUUUUUGGAAGGCCGGACCACUCGACUGUCCUCCACGGAGACGUCCCGAUCACGCUCUUCCCAGGAGGACUUCCUCUGCGGCGAGCCUCCCGUGGUGUGUGCAGAGCCGCAGUACCAUCCAGGUCCUCUAGGGGGAGGCACCACGCACAGCGGGAGGAAACCAGGGGGCAGCAGCAGCAGCGACGUGCAGUACAGAUGUGAUGCUGUAGAGUACCGUUCCAGUCCGGCGGGGGGCAGUAGUGAGACAGGCUCACCGGGCCGCUCUUCCUCGUCUCAGAGACGUUCAUGGCAGGACUUGAUUGAGACACCGUUGACUGAGGCUGGACUGCACUACUUACAAACUGGACCACUAGAGGACGCCGUCUUUGCUGAGCCCAGUCCGGGCUGCGGGACUAUGAUGGCCGGAGCUGUUUACACUCUUCCGGCACAGAGGAAUGUCCCGUUGCCCAUGGCGAGGCAGAGGCUGAUUCCUAUGGCAACCCAGGGAGGGAAACCCCGCAGCUUCACACUGCCACGAGACAGCAACCUACACACACUCCUCACGCCCCCAGCGAAAGAACAACAGCAAACGCACAGUGGCGGCAGCGAGGGUGCAUCCCUGGGCGACCUGUUUCGUGCGUGUGAGCAGGGUGGUGUGUGUCCUUUGGGUCGCGGGUCGGACGGCAAAGGCCAAUCAGAUUGCAGGCAGUCCUUCUUGCGACGGGCCGCCGACCCUCAGCUCAACGACCGUCUGCACCGCCUCCGUAUACUCACCUCCACGCUGAAGGACAGGGAGGGGGAGCUAGCACUGAUUGACAGGCUGUUGGCCAAUCCCCAGCUGUCGUCGGCAGAGUUCCAGGAGUGGAAAAGAGCCUAUCAGGAGCUGUUCUCUCAGGAGCCAGACUCGACCGCUGAAUCAGACCCUGGCCCGCCCCUCACGCCCUCGCUCUCUCACACACACUCCUACAUCGAGACCCACGUCUGACGAGUGGAACACACUCUCACACACACACGCUCACACAUGUUUGAGUUUCUCCUGAUUCUGGAA